AUGGGUUCAUGUAAUAGUCAACCAAAAAGAAAAGUUAAUUCAAAUAGAGGAAGUCUUACAACUUUAAAUAAACCUUAAGAAGCUUCAACAAUAAAAUCUAAUAAAAGUUUUAAAAAACAAAGAACAAAUUUUAAAGUUGCUCCGAGUAUUUUUGUGUCCUUAAAAAGUGGAGAUAUUUGUGAAUAUUACGACAUAGAAUCUUCUUUAGGAGAAGGUAAGAAGAUUAUCGAGAUAAUAUAUAGGAACUUUUGGAAGAGUGAGUUUGGUUAAGUAGAAAUCAACAAAAAUACUUCGUGCAAUGAAAUAAAUUGCGAAAGAUAAAAUAUUAGUAAGUUAAAGAGAAAAGAUGAUUUAAGAGGUGAAUAUAUUGAAAGACCUUGACCAUCCAAACAUAGUGAAUAUUUAUGAGCUUUAUUAAGAUGAACGAUAUUAUUACUUGAUAACUGAGUAAAUAGAGAUCUUUAAUCAAGAUAUUUAAGCGGAGGGGAGUUAUUUGAUAAAAUCUAAUAAAAGAAAAAUUUAAACGAGAAAAUUGCUGCAAAUUAUAUGAAAUAAAUAUUAAAAGCUGUGAAUUAUUGUCAUUAGAGAAAUAUUGUGCAUAGGUAAAAUUAUAAAAUUAUUUAAUAGAGAUUUAAAACCAGAAAACAUAUUAUUCGAUUAGAGAGCAACAGAAUAGAAUAUUAAAAUUAUUGAUUUUGGAACAGCAAAGUAGAUUAUUUCUAAUACAUAAUUGAAAUAAAAGACUGGAACACCAUAUUUCAUAGCUCCAGAAGUUAUUGACUAAAAUUAUAACAGUAAAUGUGAUUUAUGGUCAUGUGGAGUUAUAUUGUAUAUAAUGAUGAGUGGAAAACCUCCAUUUAAUGGAACAAAUAUAGAUGAUUUAUAUAGGAAUAUUAAAAAUGGGUAUGUAGAUUUUACUGGUAUUUUUGUGAUAUAAAUGAUAAUUAGGUUGUGAAUGGGAGCUUGUUUCUUAAGAUGCAAAAUCUUUUAUUUAAAAGCUAUUGGUUGUUGAUCCUUCCAAAAGAAUUUCAGCAGAAUAAGCUUUAAAAGAUCCUUGGAUUGUAUGUUACAAAAAAGAAGAUAGAAUUAAUACAAAAAAUUUAGAAAAUCUUUCUUAAUUUCAUGUAAUUAGUGUUGUUGAUAUGAGUUUUAGAAUAAUAGUAAAUUGAGUUCAGCAAUUUUACAAUUGAUUUCUACAUAGAUUAUGACUUCAAAAGAGAAAAAUGAAUUAAUAUAAGGAUUUAGCGCUAUUGAUAAAAAUGGUGAUGGAUAAUUGAGUAAAGAGGAAUUAAUAUAAUGUAAAUAGAAAAUAAAUUAUUUAGGUUAUAUGAACUUAUAUUAAGAUGAAAUAAAAUGUAAUCAAAUAGUGAACAAAAUAUUCAAAUAUUCUGAUGCUGAUUUUUCAGGAACAAUAGAAUAUACAGGUAUAAAUAGAUAUAUAUUAAUCUAAAGAGUUUAUUGUAGCCUAUUCGGAAAUAUAGAAUUUAAUGGCUAAGGAGAAAUUAGAAAAAGCUUUUAAAUUAUUUGAUAAAGAUGGCAAUGGUACAAUAAGCAAAGCCGAACUUUAGGAAAUAUUUGGAGGAUUGGCUUUGAAAGAGAACUAAUGGGAUAAUGUUUUUUCAGAAUUAGACGCAAAUGGUGAUGGAAUGGUGACUUUCUAAGAAUUCACAUAAUUGUUGAUGAAAGACAAUAACAAAUGA